GGCGGGGGGCGGGGGGGGGGAGAGGAAUAAAAAAAAAUAACGGCGGUUUCGGACGGAGGCAGCAGCGACGCGAAGGAGUCAGGCGGGACGAGGUCCGCGUUGGGACCGGCACCCAUGAGUCACCUCCGAGGCCAUUGCGGACGGUGAAGCGAGCUCAGCAGGCAGGCAAGCAGGCAGGCAAGGACGUAGCCGGACCCGCUGCCUGCUCGCUCGCUCGCCCGGCCCACAGCACCGCAGCGGCGUCUUGCAGGAGGCGGCGGUGGCGUCAUGGACUGGCUCAUGGGGAAAUCCAAGGGAAAACCAAAUGGUAAAAAGCCUGCAACAGAGGAAAAGAAACUGUAUCUUGAACCAGAAUAUACGAAGUCCAGGAUUACGGACUUUGAAUUCAAAGAAUUAGUUAUAUUACCACGUGAAAUAGACCUUAAUGAGUGGCUAGCUAGCAACACGACGACGUUCUUCCACCAUAUCAAUUUACAGUAUAGUACCAUCUCCGAAUUCUGUACAGGAGAGUCGUGUCAGACCAUGGCAGUAUGCAAUACACAAUACUACUGGUAUGAUGAACGAGGAAAGAAGAUCAAAUGUACAGCCCCUCAAUAUGUUGACUUUGUCAUGAGUUCAGUGCAGAAGUUAGUGACGGAUGAGGAUGUCUUUCCUACUAAAUAUGGCAAAGAAUUCCCAAACUCAUUUGAAUCCCUAGUGAAGAAGAUCUGCAAGUAUCUGUUCCAUGUGCUAGCCCACAUCUAUUCGUCACACUUCAAGGAAACUCUGGCACUGGAAUUGCAUGGACAUUUGAACACACUCUACGUACACUUCAUCCUUUUCAUCCGGGAGUUUAAUCUGGUGGACCCUAAAGAAACAACCAUCAUGGAUGACCUCACAGAGAUCCUCUGCAGCAGCAGUGGGAGUAGUAGCAGUAACGGAAAUGGCAAUGGCAGUGGUGGUGGCGGCAGCGGCAGCAGCAGUAGUAGUAGUGCAGUAGCACAGAACCACGUGAAGGAGAGAUGAGUCUUCCCAACCAGAGCAAAACCAACGCUUAAAAAAGGAAAUUACUCUCUAUUCUCGGAUGUAUGCAUAUGUAUAUGUGCUUAUGUGUGUGUGUAUGUGUAUGUGUAUAUAAUAUAUAUAUACACAUACACAUACACAACCAAGACAGCUUGAGCAAUUAUGCUGCCACCACAGGACAUGUAGACACAAGGGACUGUAUGGAGUUUUGGUUAAAUGCAUCAUCCUUGGCAAGACGUUGCACCAGUUCUGUGGGGAUUUUUUUUCCUUCCCUCCAUUUCUCUCCUGUUCCUCCCUUAUCCAAUGGAUUAUGAGUGCUGUUUUUAAGAGACGAACCACAUUUUUUGAGUUGGGCUACUGCUUUUGUGUUCCCUUUUUCCCCCCAUUCUGCCCACUUCCUUUUGGGAAGUGAUCCUUGUCUUUGAAUGCAAGCUCUCUUUUUAUCUGUCUCAUUUCCACUCUAAGAUGGUGGUACUGCCAUUUCUUUUUUUAAAAAAAG